CGCCUUAGACUUGGUCACUUCGCAGUGUCGGAAAGCAGGUUGUAAAUCGUUCUGCAGAAUUUUCUCUGUGCACAACGUCUUCCACAUAGAGGGAACAAUUCAUAAUCCAUUCCAGUUAUUUCGUUACCAUUGAAUAAAAACAAAAAUGUCGCAGGUUAUAAGACGAAGGAAUAGAAGAACGUCUGUCCGUAGGGAAAUACCCGGCCAAUCCCGGAUGAGUAUAUCCAUGGGAGCACCAAUUUCUCUGGCCUCUGGAGUGGCAGCACAAUCUUCCCAAAGAAGUGUUGCUGAAAUGAAAAAUAGCAGCCAAAAGGAAAAGAAAGAUCUGCAAGGUUUGAAUUGCAAACUUGCCGAAUUCCUUGAAAAAACACGUAUGCUGGAGGCUGAGAAUAAACAUCUUAAGGAACUCUUAAAUAGAUCUCAAGUUGAAUUUAACAUUGAUGUGAUCAAAAUAUCAUACCAAGAGCAGCUGGAGGACUUAAAAGGAAUCAUCGAAGACAAGGAUAAGGAACUUGCAGCUGUAAAGUCCAAGAAUGAAUCGCUUGAAGAAGAAGUCGAAGAUUUGACUGAACAAUUGCGCCAAGUGCAGGACGAAAGAGAUAGACUGCAAGCGGAAAUCGAUGGAUUACACGAUGAAGUUGCCCGCCGCAUUGCAGACAGCGAAACCAGCAGAAGGAGGACAAGCGAACUGGAGAAGCAACUUGCUGACUGGAAGAAGAGAUAUGGCAUUCUUGAUGGUCAAAUGGCCGAACUUAGAACGGUACGUUGCAAUACUUUGAAUCCGUAA